GGCAAAAAACUUGUCGGAACCUGUCCUUUUCAGUUCAUAACGUUGUUAUAUGAGCACGUGGUUAAAAGUCUAAUUGCUGAUUUUCAAGCUAAAUAAGAACACAUUCACAAUGCCUCUCGCUAAAGAUUUCCUGCAUCCAAGUCCGGCGGAAGAAAAGAAGAAACACAAGUUGAAGAGACUCGUGCAAAAACCAAACAGCUAUUUUAUGGACGUUAAAUGUCCUGGAUGUUACGCCAUUAAAACCAUCUUCUCGCAUGCACAAAUAUCGGUAGAGUGUGACGGUUGUCGCACGAUACUGUGCAGAUCGACCGGUGGAAAAGCGCGAUUAACCGAAGGAUGUUCCUUCAGAAGAAAGGUCCAGUGCUAAUAUAACAAUGGUAAAGACAUCAUAAUGUAUACAUUUAUCUUUAUAUUCAAGAAAUAAACACAAUUACUGAAUA